AUGAAAGUUGUUAGUAUUAAUAAAGGUGUUACUGAAAAGGCACCCACAGUGAUCACAUUAGUUCCGGAAAACAAAGAAGAUUUAUUUACUGUAUAUCAAAUUGUUGAUAAAGAUGAUGAAGUUAUCUUUAAAAAAUUAUUCACCUCUAAGAAUGAAGAUGCAAAGAAGAAUAAUACAGAUUUAGUGAAUUUGAAAUUGAAAAUUCUUUCCAAUGAAUUCGAUAUGAGAGAUGAAUAUUUAAGGUAUAAAGGUAUCACCGUCAUUGAUCAGACAGGUGUGGCCAAUAUUGAUAUCCCCAUUGGUAAAUUCUUAAGUUUCAAUAUUGUUUAUACCCAUCCUAUAACUAUUUAUAAGCAUCAUUUUAAUAAAUAUGCUGAAAAAUUAUUAAAGGAAGCAUGUGCUGAAGAAAAUAAAUCUGAUACAGCUGCAGUUGUAUUACAAGAAGGUAUAUCUCAUGUUUGCCUCUUAACUAGUUCAUCAACAAUAAUGAAACAAAAAAUUGAAUUUACUAUGCCGAAGAAGAAAAGUGCUACAGAUAUUGCUAAAUUUGAUGUCAAGACUGAAAGUUUCUAUAAGGCAACUUAUGAAGCUAUGAAGAAGAAUUUCGAUUUUGAUGAAUUGAAAAUGAUUAUAUUAUGUUCACCAGGAUUUUAUGCAAAGACCUUAUUGGAAAAAGUUCUUAAAUAUGCUGAAGAGGAACAAAAUAAUUCAAUCUUAGAUAAUCAAAUGAUUUUUUUCGUUGCUCAUUGUUCCACGGGGUAUUUACAAGGUAUUUCUGAAGUAUUGAAAAAUCCUGAAUAUGCAUCUAAAUUGGAAGAUACUAAAUUUUCAAAAUUUGCAGUUAUUAUGGAUGGUUUUUUGAAACAUUUGGAUGACGAUGAUGAUAGAGCAUGGUAUGGUAGAAGAGAGAUAUUUAGAGCUUGUUCCAUGAAUGCUAUUGAAACGUUACUUAUUACCGAUACGAAAUUGAGAUCGGAUAAUAUUGCUACAAGAGAAAAAUAUCUGGAUUUAUUAGAUGAUGUAGAAAAAGAUGGUGGCAAAGUUGCCAUCUUUAGUACUUUGCAUACUACAGGUGAAGAAUUAGAUAGACUUUCUGGAUUAGCCUGUAUUUUGAAAUAUCCGAUAGCUAAUUUAGAUGAAGGGUUUGAUAGUGAAGAUGAAGGUGAUAAUGAAGAAGAAGAUAACGAAGCAAAGAAACAAAAAUUAAAAGAAAUUGAAACUUCUGCGUAA